UCCAAUUUCACGCGAUGGAUAAUUGUGAAAGAUUGAUUCUUGACAGUACGAUCUUGUUGGACUGAAUACUUCCGAUGAUAAUAUCUUUGCGCAACAGUUUUAUGGAUAUCACUUUGUCAUGUUAGCUUUAUUUAACAGCUACCUACUCCAGGUUCGAGAGAUAUUUUUUAUUAAGUCAGAAUCAUCCAAACCUCUGACAGUUACAGUCGAUUAGCAAAUCAGUAGAAGUUGAGCUUAGGAUUAAUUGGUACUACUUGAAAUAAAAUUGAUUUUCAAACCUGAAUGGAAGCAAUACUUCUAAGAAAAGACCGUCACUUAAAGCACCUUAGUAACAGUAACUUUAUCAGUGUUUCGUGGCUUAUUGCAGAUUUUGUCCAGCGAAAAUUAGUUUCAAGUCAGGUUCAAGUACCAGCAUACCUUGUGGCAUCUUGCAACUUUAUAGGAAAAUGAAGGUAAUUACAUAAAUAUAUUCAAGCAAACUAUGUCAUCAGGCUUGUGAUAGACUUUACUAUCUCCAAUAAAAUUGUAUGAUUCUCGCUCAUUUUCAGCUUUUCACUGCAGCCAUCGUUAUAAUAGGCCUGGUAUCAUCAAGUGCCACUGAUCCAUUAGUAGGAGCUAAAGCUGUCAAAGGAAUUGCUAAACAGACUGCAGGUGUGGCAGGUCUCGCCGAAACCAACGAAUUUGCAGACGAAGCAGCAAUCGCGGAGCUUUGGGAUGCAGUUAACACUGUCAUCAUCAGCAUAUUUGCCACUAUCGAAAAAUUCACGGGACUGGAUCAUGCAUUCUCCCAGCUUCUUAGUGCGAUCAUUCUGGCUACGUUAACGACACCGCUGCUGAAACUCAACGCUUUAACUAAUCCGGGACUCUUCAUCCAGAAAGUUGGGCCAAUCACUAAUGCGAUCUUACUUACUCUUGGAUUGAUCCCAAUCGUCGGUGGGCUUGGAGCACUGCAGGCUCUCGGAUACUAUCUUGGCCAGGGAUUCCUCAACCUCAUCCCUCCUCAACCUUACUAUUAGCCUGAUUUUGUUUUCAGUUAUGUAAAUAUAUAAUGAGCAUAAAUCACAAUUACAGGUUCUUAUUUAUAUAAAACAAUGAAGGUACCAUUUCA